UUAGAAUCUAUUCAGUAGCUCGACAGGACUAGACUUUACUAGAGCUAGGGGAAAUUACAAAGCGAGAAACAAAAGUAUGAUUUGUGUUGAUAACGAAACAUUUCGAGGGCCUAGAUCUUGAUCUAUAUGAGGGAUACUAACUAAAGUUAUAGUUUAGUACUGACUACCAUGUUUGAAUUUUUAUCUUGGAGAAUUGGAUUAAAUGACAACAUGAAUGACUGUUCAGUUACCUUUUGGUUUUAAAAAGAUAAACAGAGAUGGAGUAUUCACCAUUAUACACAAGAAGACUUUCUGGAAGCUAUAGCAGUCGUAACAGCUUUAAUGAAGAUGCCCUGGAACAGCUAGAGUUUAAUAUCAAUGACAUAAGUAGAGCUAGCAGUCCUGCUAGUGUUAUUAGUAUAAGUGCCAGAUCUGAAGGAUUUAGAGAGAGAAGACAUCGAGGCUCUGGAAGAUAUGAUGAUGAGUACAGAAAAAAAUAUUCCAUUAUGAGAGGUGAAUUGGAAGUUGAAAAAAACAAAAGUAGGCAGCUGCAGCAAGAAAAGGAAGAGGAACUUAGAAAGUUACGUGAUACACUUGAAAAUGAAAGAAGGAUGGCGAUGAUAGCUAUGCAGAAUAGGCUAGAAGAGGAACAAAAGAAAGAGCUGAACAAAUUGAAAGAGGAGCUGAUAAAACAAAAAGAUUUUGAGCUUCAACAGGUUCUGUUGUACAGAGAAACUGAGAAGAAAUUAAGACAUUCACACAAGUCUGGAGAGAACAGAAGAGGGGCAAAGGAGGAGGAGACCAAGACAAUGGAGAAAGAGAGAGUUGGUGUUGACGAGGAAGAGGACGAGCAGAUAGGACUCAAGGAUGGUGACAAUGAUGUGGCUGUUGUCAGUGAGAAAGGAAGGACUAAAGAUGGGAGUAGAGAAGAAAGAAGAAAAUUAAAACAAGGCAUUGAAAAACAGUUGAUGGAAGAGGAAUCUAAGUCUGCAGAUGUGGGAUUAAAGGAUGGCACGGUUUCAGCUGAACAUAGACGGACUCCAAGGACUCCCCGAACACAUCGCAUUUCCGAUGGGUAUCUAGCUGACAAAGAAAGUGGCACCACACACAGAAGCAGACGUGCCCAUGGCAUCAGCAGCAGGGCAACAACAGAUAAACCAGACAAAAAAGAGCUUUCAGAAGUAACUGAAGCCCCUAACACGUUUUCGGAAGCCGUAAAAGACACCAACAGUAACAAAUUGCCUGCCUCUACAAUAGACUCACCUCUGCCAAAUAAAGAUGUUGUCACUGAUUCCAAAGAAUCUAAUCUACCUAUCGGAUCUCAGCCGGGCUACACAGUUUCUUCGCACCAACUACCUCAUCCCCCAAAAGAGUUGAUUGACAACUCCACAAACACUACAGAGACACCCAUAGAAGAUAGCAGAGACCAAGAGGCUGAGAAAUCAUCAGAGCUGGAGCUGAGGCUGCAAUCCUUGGAGAUGGAAAAGAAAACUUUACAAAAACAAAGAGAUGAAUAUCAGAGACAUCUGGAAACAAAGACCAGAGAAUGUAAAAUUCGUGAUGAAGAAUUCAAAAGAGUGAAAGAAGGAUAUGAAAUAAAUCUAAGAACUGUCAUAAAUGAACAUAAAAAGGUAGCUCUAGUCAACUUGGAGAAAUUAAAGCAGGCAGAGACUGCACUGAAGGCAUCCACCAUGUCAGACGAUGAGAUAGCAAUGAUAUCAAGGGAGCACACCCACAGGAGACUCUCCUUGCCUGGAUUAGAAGAUGAGAGUAGGAAAGAAGACAGGGAGAAGGAGAAAGUUCUACAGAAGAAAGUGACAGACUUGACAACACAGAUCCAGCGUCUGGAACGUAGGGUCACGUUGUUACGUUCAGAGAACGAUUCACUGAAGAGAAAACAAGAAGAUCAGAAACCUUUAGAAGAGAAAAUCAAAUCCUUAAAAAAGCGCAAUGCUGAGCUGGCCUCCAUUGCCAGGAGAUUGGAAGAGAAAGCCAAACUACUACAGCAAGAGAACACAAAGGUCAGACCAAAAACGACCAUCACAAACAGCGCAGAUGAGAACAAUCUUGAAGCUGAACACCUGAAGAGGCUCUUUGCUAGACAGAGGGCUAAAGAUUUGGCUGAACAUGCCAAGAGCAUGCUGACUAAAGACAAAGAGAUUGAAGAGCUUCGAAGAAAGUGCCAGGAACUGGCUGACCAGCUUAGCAACGGGGAUCUUUUGGUACCUUUGAAUGCUGCCCAGUUUGAAGAGAAGGAUGAGCUGGUGAACAUAAUCAAACAAGCUGCCAAAGAGAGGCUACAGCUGGAGCAGCAGUUGUCUCAUACCAAGACAACCACCAGGAGUCCCACAAGUGAAGACGUUGAACGUCAAUCAUCCAAUGAGAAAUAUUCACAAGAACUCAAAGCAGCCAAUCAAAUUCUACAUAAUGAAAUAGAAAAACUAGAAUCGGCUCUCCGCAGGGCGGAGCAUUUGGAGCAGCAAUUGACAGAGAAAUCCACUCAGUGCCAAAGUCUAACCAAAGAUCUCGCAGCCAGCAGGCUUCAGUGUGAACAGUUGCAGUCGGAUCUCGCCACAGCUACAUCGGAGAAACACAGACUUGAUGGGGAGGUCAGGGAACUAAGAGGCAAGCUUCAGAGCUUGGACAAGAUCACUGAAGAAUGUAACACACUGAAGCUUUCUCUGGCCACAGCUCAGAAGGAAAGGGAGGCAGCACAAGAACAGGUCCAACAUUUGAACCUCAGAGUACACAGCCUUGAGAAUUUGGUCAGAGAUCUCCAAGAGUCAGCUGAAUCUGUUGGUAGAAUAGAAAAUGAAUGUAAAAUUGCCUUAUCCAACUUGCAACAGAAAGAAGCUGAGUUGGACAAACUUCACAAAGUCAACUCCUCCCUUGAGAGUGAACACUUUGAGGUGGUCUCUAAACUCAACCAACAUGUUCAGCAGCUAGAGGACAAGAAGAGUAAAGAAGAAAAAAGGAGGGAGGAACUCUCAAAAGAGGUGCAAAGACUGCAGAAAGAGGUGGCGGAGCGACAGAGAGCCAUAGAAGAGGCAGAUAGAUUGAAGGAGGAACUCAUCCAAUUGAAAAAACAGUCCCCAGUAUUGUCAGAGGUACCAGUACUUGCUAGUCACAGCACAUCUUCUUUACUUUCCAACUCUAAAGGCAACCAUCUAGAUCUAGAGAAGGAGGAGGAAGAUUUAGACUUAACUAUUGUAGAGGAAGGAAUGGACAAGAAAUCUCUGCAACUUAAUGAACAUGGCAACUCAGAGAGCCUACUUUCAGCCUGGGCCAACAAGGGGCCAAUCCAGGUUUAUAUGGCCAAGUACAACUACUAUCCUUUCGAGUAUUCUCCUAAUGAGAAUCCAGAGGCAGAGCUUCCCUUAAAUGCCGGAGAUUAUGUGCUGGUAGUGGGGGAAAUGGAUGAGGAUGGCUUCUUUGAUGGAGAGUUAAUAGAUGGAAGACAAGGUUUGGUGCCAUCAAAUUUUAUUGAGAAAGUUGAAGAUGAUGACUUGUCUGAGUUUCAUGAUGCCUUACUUCAAGCUGGACAUGGCGAUUACAGCAGUGCUGGCACACCUGGGGUGGCCACAGCUAUGUCACCAUCACCCCUGACCCCUGGCAGCACCAAGAUCAACAACAACAACAAUGAGAUGAGCUUUAGCUUGACAAGUUCUCAGAAGAGAGAUGUACAGAAUGGCAACAACCCAGAAGAAGUAAAUAGUGACUUAGAAGACAUUGCUGAAAUAGAUGAAGAAACAGCUUCCAUCAACAGCAGAACAUUACCCAGUGGAGGAUCAGCAAUAAAUAACUUGCCACCCAGUCCAAGAGGGUUGUCACUCGACAAACAGUUGACCAACAGUAUUCUUAUCAGUUGGAAAGAGCCAGAGCCAGUCCCUGGGCUAGAUGUCCAGUCCUAUCAUAUAUUUGUAGAUGGGCAUUUUAAAACUUCAGUCAAUGGCAGAGAUAGAACUAAGGCAUUGCUAGAAGGCAUCAGUUCAAGUACAAAUCACAGAGUCUGUGUUCGAUGCUUGUCCAAUAAAGGCCAGUCCAAAGAUGCCCAGUGUACAAUGGUGAUUGGAAAAGAUGUUUACCCAGUGCCAUCAGAGUUGAAAGUGUCCCAUGUGUCUCCAACAUCAGCGUCACUGUCAUGGCUCCCAGGUGACAGCAACUAUCAACACUCUAUUGUGCUGAAUGGAAAAGAGGUCAGGGUUGUCAAGCCAGGUGUCUUUAGACACACACUUACAGGUUUGAUUCCAGGUAGUUUACAGAAAGUUACGCUAAUAGCCAAAAGUAUAUCAGGGACUCUCAUUGAGGAGAAAUCACGUAAAUGGGUGGACAAUGUCUCAGCAAGUAUUGAGUUCCACACACCUCAAACAGGAGCUCCAGAACCCCCUCUGAAUGUUCAAGUUGAAUCUGGACCAAGGGAGGGGACUAUACUACUAACAUGGCUUCCAGUAACUAUUAAUUCUUCAGGUGUUUGCAAUGGUGCAGUGGUUGGUGGCUAUCAAGUUUGUGGGGACAACAGAAAAAUCAAAACAGUUCCAGGACCAACAUCUGACCAUGCUGUACUAAGUGCUGAAGAUUUCAAAGGCAUUUACCCUUCGCACUUAAGUGUGAGAACUGUGUCAAGGUCAGGCGUGGAGUCAGUGAACUCAGAUCUGAUUACUCUACCUAUAGUAUUGAUAAAUGAACUCAAAGAGGGGCGAGCCAGUCCCCAGGUAGUCGACAUUGCUCAGAGAGUGUCCAGUCGAGGAAAGUCUUCCAAGUCCCAGGCUGAUGAUGGCAGAGCUCACGACACAGAUGAAGAGAUUGAAGCAGCCUUUAGAGAGGUACAAAGUGGUAGUGAUGGUGUUAAUGCUGUAAUGGUGGAGCCUUAUUCUGAUAGUAGCAGCUCAGAGUUAUCAGAUAUUCCCGAGGUGGAAGAGGAGCUCAUUGGUUCCCAGGAGUCCUUACUAAAUGAGGUCGGCUUGGGCCAGACCAAUCAGAAGGCCUCUCCUAGUCAGAAUGAGAAAACCUCUCCUCAGCCAGCACCAAGGAAACUGGUUGCUGAAAAUCUUGACCUUCGACCUAAAGAGUUCAAUGACAAGAAAGCUAAAGGUGCUCUUAUCAGUCCUUCACGAGUUGUGCCAGCUAUAGAAAUAACAAGAGACAGCAGUACAGAGCAGUUUACAGAGAUAGAUGAAGACGGCAGUGCUACCUCUACAGGUAAUACGCCCAUGUCAUCACCUGGCCAGCCAACAGCAAACACAUCCAUCUUGUCACACUACUGGGGAGACACACAGAGCCCUAGUGCAUUUCGACACGUCGAUCAAACAAGGCGCCAUGAGGGUGGAGAGAAAGGGAGGCCUGAAGGUGAAAGCCCUGAUGCUGUCCUGGGUGGGACUCAAAACAUUGUACCCAGUUCUUCCUCUGUUAAUCGUUCUGGCAGCCAGCCAAUGUCAAGGACACACUCUCAGGAGGCAAAAGUCCAUUCUGAGAGCCCAAGUACUCGCCAGACUCUUCGGUCAGGUUCUUCUCAGGACUCGGACCAUCGAAAACAUUCAAACCCUGGAGUAGAGGAUGUAGGAGACACAGACUCUAUUUCAGGGGAAAUAAAUACUGUUGUGGAUGAGAAUACCAUCAGGUUAUUUAUAGCCUUGUUCGACUAUGACCCUGCAACUAUGUCACCUAAUGUAGACUCUAUUGAUGAAGAGUUACCUUUCCGGGAAGGUCAGAUUCUCAAAGUGUUUGGUGAUAAAGAUGCAGAUGGAUUUUAUCGUGGAGAAAGUCAUGGCAAGAAAGGCUUUAUUCCGUGCAAUAUGGUGUCAGAGGUUCAAAUUGAUGACCCUGACCUUGUAGAGCAGUUGUUGAAAGAAACCUCUGAGAGGCCAGUACCAGAUUCAACAUUACAUUCCAAUAGAGAUGUGGACUUGACACCCAAUGGUAGAAUAUCAUUGCCUAGGGAAGAGCCAAUGAAAAGAAUGAUUGCAUUAUAUGACUAUGACCCACAGGAACUCUCUCCCAAUGUGGAUGCUGAACUGGAGCUGUCUUUUAAAACUGGGGACAUUGUACUCAUUUAUGGGGACAUGGAUGAAGAUGGUUUCUAUACAGGUGUAGUCAAUGGCCAGCAAGGACUAGUGCCAUCAAACUUCCUACAACCAGCACCUCUCUCUGACGACGAGGGUCUAGAGAGUGUCAGCGUGGUCUCCGCUACAAGGUCGAGGUCUGGUGAGAGUUUAGAUGCUGCCCUGAGUGCUCUAGGAAGAACUGAUGUGACUGCUAACACUCCAAGAUUAAGUGAUCCAUUGGCUUCCAGGUCAGAGUCCACAGGAUCAAGCAAGCAAGUCACAAAUGUCAAUGCUCCAGAAGGCAACAAGUCAGCUGACAACUCCAGGCCAGGGACAGCUAGUCCAGCUGAGGAAGAAAAACCAAAGAAAAAAGGUUUCCUCAAUAAAAGCAAAAACAUCUUUAAAAAAUUCACCAGAUGAGAACAUACUGGCAUAAUAGUGAAAACUGGUGCAAUUGAGUUCAGAUUUCAUUUUUAUAUUUGGAGUUUCUUCAUAUUAAUGAUGAGUCAUACUUUGAUAGACUUUGCCCCAUGCAAAUACAAAGACUCUAUGUGAAGGAUAAAUAAUGAAUUAAAAACAAACCCUGCUGCCUGUAAAUGAAGACAAAACAAAUGACACACUUCAAUGUUGUGUAGCUCAAACUCUCAGCACAUUCCUCAGUGUGACAGUUUCUUGUAGUAGAGAGAAUGAACUAGAUAUUUCUGGCUGUAAACUAACAUCUGUAAUGUGUACCUUUCUUGGCAUAAAGUUUGAUAUGCUCUGAUCUGUGCGAGACGUGAGAUUUAAAAUGAGUUUGGGACUGUGAUGAAAUGAAUAUGCUUUCAUGUAUAACACUCUCUAAGGGCUUAAGCAGACCAUCCCUUACUCAAAAGUUGAGUGGCUGAGUUCUUCAAGUAGAGUUGACUGUCUUGACAGUUGGAGUAGUUCUUGUAAUGUCACCAUUUACAUUCUGUUUAUUAUAUUGUGUAGACUCCAAGACUUGAGUUUCCAAGUGUUUCAUUGCUCAUGCAGUUUCAAAGCUUAGAGAAAAAAUUAAGCUGCUUUACAUUAAAUUGAGGAAAAUUUUAUUAGUGUUCUGCCAUUAAAAGUGAAAAAUUUAUCUUGUGAUCCAUUGGGCAGGUUAUCAUGGGAUUGCCAAAGUAUGCUGCUAUGUUUAGUGUCAUUCCUUAGAUAUUAACAUGUGUAAGCAACAACGAUGGGAAUGUAACUCUGUUUUUCUGUUCAAAUAAUAUUGAUUGGUUCUAUAAGACAACACUAUUGUUUUAGUUAUUAUACUUCCUUUACUGAGAAAUUGUUUGUAAUGUUUUUUAAUGUUUUUUAAAUAUUGUUCAAAAAUUUUAGAUUAUUAAAAGGAAAUAAAAAAACCAGGUGACAAUAAAGUGAACCAUAUUUCAUUUCUGCAUACAUUUUUACAAAUUAUUCCAAUCAAUAAUUUAACUUUUUUAUUUCCCCAAUGUUUGAUAUCUCAAAAUCAAAUCUUUCUGUGGACUUGAUGAAGAUCUAUUUUAGUUUGUUUUGUGUCCUAGUUAUUGUAGGAAACGUUCAAGAAAGAAAGAAAAUUCUAGAAACAAGUCAAUAGAUAUUGUUUGUAUAAUAAUACAGGUCUCAAGAAAUACAAGAAUGCAAAACAUUUUCAUUGUCUCAAUGUAAACAAAAAAAUGUGUUGAUUUCUUUAGUUACAGAAACAGUUUCAUUACAUUUUAAACAUUAAUUUUAUUUGUAUGUAGCAUGAAGGUUGCUCAUUUUUUGGGGUUAUUUGUAAAAAUAAAAUUGUGUUGUUUUUUUUUCAGUUAAUUACAUUACAAGUGUUAAGGUCAUAGGUCAAGUUGGUUAUAAAAACUGCAUUCAAUCCAAUAGAAUAAUGUUGAGUUUAAAAUUCUUUUUUUCUCAAAUUUGAUUUAUAGAAACAAUAAAAGCUACCAGUCAAGUUUGAAUCUUGUUGUACAGAAGUAUCUCCAUGAUCUGUAAUUUUCCUUAUGCUAACAUUUUAUCUGUUUCACUUGUACAAAGUCAUUAAAUAAAUUUAAAAAAUUUUCUUUACAAGCCUUUAUAGGCAACUAAACAUUCAGAGGCUAAACUUGUGAAAAGUUUAAAAUGUAAAUAAAUACAGUGUAUCUGUCAUAACAAUUAUUUGAUUUAAGUUAAAGAAAAAAAAGAUUGAACUAAUAAAUAACAUAUUUCACUGUCAAGAUAAUCAUUUAUUUGUAAACUAUGCUGUUAUGUUUUUUUUUAAUUGAAAUAUUUACAUGUUCUCUUUUAAAAGACUAUUUUUUUUAAACUCUUUGAGAUUUUUUUUUUUUUUACACUUUUUAGCCUUCUUUUUUUUUUUUUUUGCACUACCUUCAAAAUAUUUUUACCUUUUGUUAUUAGCUCUUUAAGAACUAAACCUGUACAAGAAAUAACUGUUCUCCCAAUAUUUAUUCUAUUUUAGUCUUUGUAUAAACUGAAAUCAGUUUUGUCAUCUUUCAUCUAGUACUAAACAAGAAACAGCAUACCUUCCUUCACCACCUCACCAGCCCUAACAGUGAAAUCCAUAGAAUGCUUUAACUAAUAGUAUGUAUAUAAUGCUAUCAUCAUUAUUAUUCUUCAAUAUGUAUUUGUUUCUAGAAUAAAACAUUCCUUUCUCUGUUUUCUUACUGCCAGGAUUUCUGACACUGGUGUUGCCAAAUCCUAAUCAUAACUUGCCAGUCAAAAGUUGUCAUUUCAUGUGAUGAAUUUCAUAAUCAAAUUCCAUAUUACUUUCCUCAAGCUGUGCAUGUGUUUACUUGACAUUCCUUCAUGUAUGUGAGUAUGUUUGCACGUGUGAAUGUGUCAAUGGUUGCCAUCAGUUUAUAGAUACAUUAUUGAGUAAUAUUCUGUUUAUGUUCAAGCAUCCAAAGAGUGUUUAUUUAUUUGUUGGCCAAGUUCUGGUCAGCACUGCUGCUCUAAAUCUCCUAUGGUGCAACCCUGACUCAUAAUAAGUGCACAUUAUGGUAUUUAUUGUUUUUGUUAACACAGCUGGUUGUUUGGUAGGCAAUUAAGGUUAUCAACAUAAUGAAGCAAAGUUUAAAUUCUUUGCCAAGGUUAUGCCCUGGCACCCUUUUUUUAUGAAAAUUGUCCUCUUUCUAGAAAUAUCUGUAUUAAAGACUAGCCUACUUCCAGUCUAUAAAAUAUUGAGCUCAACUCAACUUUAAUAUCUCAAGUUUAGACAAAUGUUUCAUUCCAAUGUACAGUUAUAGAAAUCACUUUAUUUUCUAGAAUGAACAAAACUAUUUCUAAUGAAAGCUUAUCUAAGUUACACAAAGCCAUUGAAUUUUUCUGUUGGCCACAAGAGAAUGUUUAUUACAACCAGGUAUCUUGCAGUCAAGAUAGUUCAAGUGUAAGCCAUUAGUUGCAAAUGAUUCUUAUGUGUUUUGAUUUUAUAUUUGACUGUUAGUUUUGUAAGUAGGAAAAUAUUGCUACAUUUCUUGACAGUGUGCUGAACAUCUAACUACUUUGUACUCAAAUAAAUUCUGGCUUGAACACUUAUUAAUCAACGUCUGACUGAGUUGCAUUACAGCAAUAAAGCUUAAUGGUUAUAAUUUGUAUCUUAGAAAAUAGUUAUUUUCAUUUGAAAUUUUAUUUCUUUUAAAGUUUAGACCAAUCAUUUACAAUGUAAUUUAUGGUAAACAAUGAACUUUUUUUUUUUUAUGUUAUUUUAUUUUUCAUAAAACUUUAAUCAGUGUAUGAAAGUUAAUGAAUUGUUUACACUUCAACUGCAACUGACUUCUACUGGUUGAUAUAAAACAUUAGAUCAUGAACUUUUGCUUCUAGAACUCUAGUGGAUGCUUCUAGAACUCUAGUGUGGUAUGUUUCAUAGCCAUAUGAUUAUGUUUUUGGUGUCCAAGAGUAACUGACUUAUUGUGCUCUGUAUCUUUCCUAUAGCCUUUGUAUUGUCACUGACCCUGAAAUACAGACAUGAUUCAUAAAUAUAUAUUCAUAUAUAAAUAUAAUAUAUACAUCUCAAGCAUAAACUGAAUGAAAAUAUUUGGUGAAUAAAGAAAAUCAAAAUAUUUUUAAAAUUCAUGU